UCUACCACAUCCAAUUCAAGUUUCAUUUCAAUAUCCAAAAAGCUUCAAACUUUCACUUUACCUCAAAGAGUGGUCAUUCUUUGCUUAAUUCUUAGCAACAAGUUUCUCUUUGCUUUUUGUUUGAAAAAAAAUGGCUGAUCAGCACGAACACCACAAGACCUCAGUUGAAGAGACUGGUGCCAGCAUGGAGUCUCGUGGUUUGUUUGAUUUCCUUGGGAAAAAAGAAGAGGAAAAGCCAACUCAUGUUGAUUUCCUCGGGAAAAAAGUAGAGGAAAAGCCAACUCAUGCUCAUGAGGAACAGGCAAUUUCCUCUGAAUUUGGUGAGAAAGUAAAGGUAUCUGAAGAAGAACACAAGAAGGAAGAGAAGAAAGAGGAGGAACACAAGAAAGAAGAGAAGAAACUCCACAGAUCAAGUAGCAGCUCUAGCAGCUCGAGUGAUGAGGAGGAAGAAAUAGGAGAGGACGGACAGAAAAUCAAGAAGAAGAAAAAGAAGGGAUUGAAGGACAAGAUCAAGGACAAAAUAUCUGGUGAUCACAAAGAAGAAGAAGUGAAGACUGAGAAGGUUGAGGACACGUCAGUUCCAGUUGAGAAAUACGAGGAAUCCGAGGAGAAAAAAGGAUUCCUAGACAAAAUUAAGGACAAGUUGCCAGGUGGCGGGCAGAAAAACGCGGAGGAAGUGGCGGCGGCUGCACCUCCACCACCAGCUGUGGCGGAGCAUGAGACUGAUGUUAAAGAGAAGAAGGGAUUUUUGGACAAGAUUAAGGAGAAGUUACCAGGAUACCACCCUAAGACUGAAGAAGAAAAGGAGAAAGAAAAAGAGAAGGAAGCUGCUGCAUCUCACUAAAGUUUACAGUAUGGGAAUGGAUGUUUAUUUGUUGCUUUUUAACUUUUGGGAUGUUAUGAUUGUGCUGCUGUGAUGUUUUGGUUAAGCUUUCAUUUCAAUUCCUUCACUGUUUCCGGAUUUUUGUAAGGUCUCUAUUCCUAUAUGUAAGUGCAUAGUUGUUUUGUAUGUGCUUGUGUAUAAAGUUUGCUUAUAUAUGGAUUUGUAAAAUGCAGUUGGUUUUGAUUA